AUGGUGCUGAGGCGGGCGGCGGCCGAAUGCCCCAAGAAGGUUGCGGGGCUGAUGGAUCUGGUGAACCUGUCCACCCAGUUGCGAGAGUUCGCCGGGGGCCGGUCCCAAAUGUCCCAUAUCUCCUUCUUCCUCCGGGUCUGGUCGUACAUCAAGGACAACAAACUUCAGGACGCGACGAAUAAGAACAUUGUGAAAUGUGAUGAGAAGCUGAAGACUGUAUUAUUGGGCAGGUCCACAGUGGAACUCUCUGAACUCCCAAUGAUCGUUAAGCUUCAUUUCCCAAGAUUUUCAAGACUUGGCAGGACAACAUUCCUGGUUUCCUAA